AUGUCUACUGUCGACUUCAGUCGCCAACAGUACUACUAUUAUGGUCAAGAUCCGAGUAGUGUGAACGUUAAAAUGGAACAGUUGGAAUCCCAGAUGCACACCGAGGAUUAUUACGGUGGCUUUCCUGCAGUGGUCAAUAGUCAGAGUUUAGCAUUAUCUAGCAUGUUGGUUGCACAAACCUUCGAAUCUUCAGCUAAUUAUCCGGACAAUUGGAUGACCCCAUCUCCUUCCAGCUUUGGAUCAGAAAGUCCUGACUACUACUCUAUAAGCUCACCGGCCUUUAUCGACGUUGAGGAGUGCAAAGAAAAUCUUCUAAAACAAUCAUCUUCACAACAAAUUCUUCCACUUUCGCCAUCGCUCUUAACGACGCAACCGAUCCUCGCUACUACAAUCAAUCUUCCGGUCAAAAAACGUCAAUAUCGUCGAUCUCCCAAAGUUAAGCCAGCAGCUAUUACGAUGGAAACUCAGACGACCGUCAUUGCGGACUUAUCGUGCAGUAGUUUGAUCUACUCGAAAGCGAGCACGUCUUCGGAAAUUUCACUCCUAACCGGCCAAAACACUUCUACCACGGGAAGCUCCGGUGGGAAGCGAAAGAGGAAGCCCGUCUCGCUGCAGAUCAAGAAGAAACGCCGCCUUGCUGCAAAUGCUCGCGAAAGGAAACGUAUGCAGAGUCUCAACGAUGCGUUCGAUCGGUUGCGCCAAUAUCUACCCAGUCUGGGCAACGACCGGCAACUGUCCAAACACGAAACGCUUCAGAUGGCGCAAACGUACAUAACAGCAUUGUGCGACUUGCUCCAGUAA